AUCGAUUAUUCGCUUCCGUUUCGUGUCGCUAUCAUCACUCUUAGAACAACAACAACAAAACCAGAAUCGCAACAAACACAUUGCCUUCUCGUCCUACUUGAAAAAGAGUGUACAGGGCCAUGCUGGAGUUUCACCCGGUGGUGCUGGCCGCAGGCCGAGGGACACGCAUGACUGACCUCGUCUCUCACAAGCCCAAGGCCUUGCUACCGAUAGGGAACAGGCCCAUGCUGUGGUACCCCAUCAACACACUGCAGAAGGCAGGCUUCGAAGAGGCUAUAGUGGUGGUGCUCAGCUCCUAUGUUACGGAGACCCAGAAGCUGCUGGAGAUGUGUGGGGUAACCAUGAAGCUGGACAUUGUGGGCAUCCCAGACCAGGACUACAUGGGCACUGCAGACACCCUGAGAUACAUCAAGGAUAGAAUCAAGCGUGACGUGCUGGUCGUUAGCUGUGACCUGGUGAUGGAGGUCAGCCUGCACCAUGUGGCCAACAUCUUCCGUACGUACGACGCCACUGUCACCAUGCUUUUGUGUUCACCAUCAGACCAGCCAGCAGAUGUAGCCAUCCCUGGACCCAAGUUUAAAAAACAGUCUGAGCGAGACUUCAUUGGGUUUACGCAGGGCAGCAAUCGUGUUCUGUUCAUGACCUCAGAGGCUGAUCUUGCGGACAUGAAUGAUGACAAAAUCAAGUUUAAAAAAUCACUCUUCAGAAAACACCCGAACAUGAAUGUGCGCUCCAACCUGACAGACUGCCAUCUGUACGUGAUGAAGAAGUGGGUGAUCAACUAUCUUGCAGAGAACAGGCAGAUUUCUUCAAUUAAAGGAGAACUAAUCCCACAUCUAGUCCGUAAACAGUUCUCCAAACAAAGAAAAGCAGAGAUACCAAAUGCUGACGAAUCGGUGAUAUCAGAAAAAGAUAAAUCAGAUAUAUUCAGCCACAUCCCGGUGUCGAGCAUGACAGACAUUCUGGACAAGACAACAUGGAUUGACCACACCGGGGAUAUGGAAGACUGUUUCCAUGGGGACCAUAUACGUUGCUAUGCACACAUAGUUACAGGAGGAUUAUGUGUUCGAACUAAUACUGUUGCCUCAUACUGUGAAACAAACAAACAGAUUCACCGAUACCUGUCGAGCCUACAGAAAGAUGCUCAGAAUAUUGAACCCACUGCGGUACUUAAAGGAAAGCCUCAGAUUGGAAGUGACUGCCUGGUGGGGAACAGUUCUACCAUUGCAGAAAAAGUGUCCAUCAAGCGGUCAGUGAUUGGUCAACACUGCGUCAUCGGAGAGAAGGUCAAGAUCAGUAACUCUGUGCUGCAGGACCACGUGCGCAUAGCAGACGGGUGCAAUAUCCAGGGUUGCAUCAUCAGUAGUGAUGCUAGCGUGGGAGAGAAGUCUGACCUCAAGGACUGCAUAGUGGGUCCUGCACAGAGCCUGCCAGCUAAUAGUAAAUACACAAAUGAAUCAUUGGUAGCUGCAGAAGAAAUGCUGGAAAUCUGAAUCUCAACAACAACUGUGUGUUUUCAAGGAGCAUGUACGUUGCAGGGUUGUUGUGAACUGUAGAUUGCAGAUCAUAAAUAAAACUGUGUUAACAUGUGCCAUGUUUCAAUUCAUUUAAAAAAAUUAACAGUCAUCAACAGGCUGUGUACUUGGACUGUUGAUCAAAAAGUG